CGAAGUAGAGACUAUGGGAUCGUCUCACUUUCCCCCAAACACCACUUUGGGAGGGAGGGCGAGCAGGCGUGAGUUUCUUUCCCAAGGCUGGUAUUUUGCAAACGAGGAGACUUUGCUCUUUGGCAUCUUAUUGGCAAUCACAGGAAACAUUUUUAUCAGCAUCUCCUUGAAUCUGCAGAAAUAUUCUCAUCUUCGGUUGACCCAACAAGUCAUUCAGAAACCUUGUUACAGAAGCAAACUCUGGUGGUGUGGAAUUAUAUUUAUGGGAAUUGGAGAAAUUGGGAACUUCGCAGCCUAUGGAUUUGCUCCAGUUAUGGUUGUGGCUCCUUUAGGAAGUGUGGCUGUCAUUGGUAGUGCAGUUAUAGCUGUCUUAUUCCUAAAAGAAAAUUUUAGAUCUCAAAGUAUAUUGGGUGGAACAGUGAUGCUUGUGGGAAUGUUUCUGUUGGUGACUUUUGCGCCUCACGUUAUCCAAAAAGUUACAGCAAGGACGAUACAGAUCGAUUUAGUUAGUUGGCAGUUCUUGGUUUAUAUGAUCGUGGAAAUAGUAGCUUUCUGCAUUCUUUUGUAUUUCUACAAGAGGAAAGAAGCAAAGCAUGUUGUGGUUUUGUUAACAAUAGUAGCGCUACUAGCAUCUUUGACCAUCAUUUCAGUGAAAGCAGUGGCAGCCAUGUUGACAUUUUCUGUGAAGGGAAACAUGCAACUAACCUACCCUAUUUUCUAUCUUAUGCUCAUACUAAUGACAUCAACUUGUAUAUUUCAAGUCAAGUUCUUGAAUCAAGCAAUGGAGAUCUACGGUUCAGCAGAAGUCAUUCCACUGAACUACAUCCUCUCUACUCUUAGUUCUAUCCUUGCAGGAGCCAUGUUUUAUCACGAGUUCCAAGGUGCAGGCUUCCUGAGUAGUUUCAUGUCUCUGUUUGGGUGUUUUCUGACAUUUAUUGGCGUUUCUAUAAUAACCCAGAACAGAAGCAAGGAACAUUUGACAACAUUUUAUAUAGACUGUGGACACAUUCCUGGGAAGAAGAAGAGCGGCACAAUACAGCCAGAUUCAAAGAACUCAUCCUAUGGUUCUUUAUAUGAAGAAAGUAUCUCUCUCAAGGCUCCAACCAAAGAAUAA